GUCUACCAGCUCUUUCAGAAGUCUGUGGGCUGCCUAGCGGAGAAGCUCGAGAAAAGCAGAGGCGCCUGUUGGCUUCCGGGUAGUCGGGAAAGGGGUUACCGCCGCUAAUCGUUCUCCCCGAAAAGUGGCCUGUGGGGCCCGCCUGUCGGUGCUGCGAUGCGUCUAUUGCGAUGCCUGAUGAAGGGCCAGUCGGCGCUGGCCGGGGCGCCCAAGUAUAUCGAGCACUUCAGCAAAUUCUCUCCAUCGCCGCUCUCCAUGAAGCAAUUCCUCGACUUUGGAUCCAGCAAUGCCUGUGAGAAGACCUCCUUCAUAUUCCUUCGCCAAGAGCUUCCUGUCCGACUGGCCAAUAUUAUGAAAGAAAUCAACCUUCUCCCUGACCGUGUACUGAGUACUCCCUCUGUUCAGAUGGUGCAGAGUUGGUAUGUGCAGAGUUUGCUGGAUAUCAUGGUGUUCCUUGACAAGGAUCCAGAGGACCAAAGGAUAUUGGGACAGUUCACCAAUGCUCUGGUCACAAUUCGCAACCGUCACAAUGAUGUGGUCCCUACAAUGGCACAGGGUGUAAUUGAAUAUAGGGAAGCUUAUGGUGAUGACCCUGUUUCCAACCAAAACAUCCAGUACUUCCUCGAUCGCUUCUAUCUUAGCCGUAUUUCUAUCCGCAUGCUGCUCAACCAACACACCUUGAUUUUUGAUGGCAGCACCAAUCCAGCCCAUCCCAAGCACAUUGGCAGCAUUGAUCCCCACUGCAACGUAUCAGAUGUAGUUACAGAUGCUUACGACAUGGCCAAACUGUUAUGUGACAAGUACUACUUGGCAUCUCCUGACCUGGAGAUCCAGGAGGUGAAUGAUAGUGGAACAGGACCUCACAAGUGGCAUACGAAUCAACCCAACCAACCUAUCCACAUGGUCUACGUUCCAUCUCAUUUGUACCACAUGCUCUUUGAACUGUUCAAGAAUGCCAUGAGGGCCACUGUAGAAAGCCACGAGUCCAGCCCGACAUUGCCACCCAUCAAAGUAAUGGUGGCUUUGGGCCAGGAGGAUCUCUCCAUCAGGAUGAGUGACCGAGGCGGUGGGGUUCCUCUUCGCAAGAUUGAUAGACUCUUCAGCUACUUAUAUUCCACAGCACCCAAACCAGAGCUGGGCACCGGAGGGACACCACUGGCCGGCUUUGGCUAUGGACUGCCAAUCUCGAGACUCUAUGCCAAGUAUUUCCAAGGUGAUCUUCAGCUAUUCUCCAUGGAGGGAUUUGGAACAGAUGCUGUCAUCUAUUUGAAAGCCUUGUCAACAGAUUCUGUGGAAAGGCUUCCAGUGUACAACAAGUCAGCAUGGCGUCACUAUCAGACCAUCCAGGAGGCAGAUGACUGGUGUGUGCCCAGCACGGAGCCCAAGAACACAUCCACCUAUCGAGUCACCUAAGCAAGCCUCUCUGUUAACAGGAAGGGCACUUCCCUGCUUCCAAAGGGGAGAAACCAAACUUUGGUGAGGGGAGAAAAAGAAACAAAUGAUAAUCACCAGCAUAAAUCUCACCUUGUGUUGUAAGACCUCUGUGGAGUGUUCCCCUUGGCUGCCUGGCCGCUUCACCUGUUAGACAGCAUACUGAUCUCUUUCUCAGAUUUCUUUUCAGAAAUGUGUAGUCUAGAUCAACAUAACUCUGCAUGGAAUUUCUUUGCCUCACCACAGUCCUGCCUUUUGAUCUAUUGGAUGGGAAAGGCCUGAAGGAUUUGCUUUUGUUCCUAUUUAGUAUUUGCACACAUCACCUUUUUAUUAUGUUUGCGUUGUAAUCACGAAGCUGAGACAACUUGACCACUAAACAUUAAUAUGUUGAGAAAAAUCAGGAAGCAAAAAGAGAAGGAAGAAGCUAACAAGCGUGGAUGUGAUUUUGUUGCAUUUCUUCACAUGAAUCAAGAUCCAAGCAAAAGGCACGAAGAGGUUUAAAAUCUGACAUAGGGACGGCAGAGUCCAGUGCCGAGUCCAUUGCAAAGAGCCAAGGACAUUAGAGGACACAGGCAUGUUUCUUAGUAUAUUGCUCUGGAAGUAAGAAAUAUUCUCUGAGGGGUAGAUAUUUUUGCAUUGUUUUCUGUGUGCUUUUCACGAUACAGGUCUGAAUCUCAGACAAGUUGAGGAAAGCAGAACAAGAGCCAGGAAUUUUAGCCCUGGAAGAUUCAGGUUUAGAUUGCACUAGAUAUAUUGAGACGUAAGGAAAAUGCUUUGCUGGCAUUGCAGGUGGUUUGGAGUUUUAUGGUUUCCUGCUUGUUUGUCUCAUCCACUGCUUGCACUUUUGCUCACCAUGACUCAAUUCCUAGACUGGCUUGUGGUGGAAUAUAGAUCCUUAAGUCCUGCUUAUAUUGGAGGAGUUCCUCCUCUCCAUGGGAAAAGUAUUAGGGCACAAUUGGGGAGUGGGUGGGGUGGCUUAUGGGAGAAAAUUGAUGGCAGAAGAAAUGCCCAAGAAAGAGUCUGUUGGUCUCCGUCAGGUGAAUGAACUGGGAACACUGAAAGCUUCAAUCCUGUCCUCCAACUGCAAUAGAAAAAAAUGUAGUAUAUUUAUUUUAAGGACAUAUUUCUGGUUCAUAUGCCUCCAGUGCUUAGAAACCAUGGGCAAAAGGAGCUACCCCCCCCCCCAAAGAAUCUCAGAGGCUAUCAAUUAUGGAUUCCAGGCAGAAGCUCUCUCUUCCCUUCCCUCUUUUAUAGCACCCCCAUCCCCACCCCCUGCCAUGGCAGCUGUUCGCUUUCCAGCAGCUCUUUGCUAUGAUCUCACUUUUCUGGUCCCCAUUUCAAAACAAAUGGAAAUGUUUUUGUAGGCGGAAAAUUGCUUCUGCCUUCUAUUUUUAUCCUGUGCUAUUGUUCUAAGCAGAUGUUAUGCUUAAGGGGUCUGCCCAGAUCCCCCUGAGUUGCACUCGCCUGUUUAUCAUUUUUACACAGUAAUAAACCACCCUUCUGCCACUGCCCCAUCCUCUGUGCUAGGCGCUUUGACCAGAAAGGGUCUGUGUUCAUAUGCUUAAAUAUACUUUUAAUUCUUUGGGAGGAACAAGGCAUGUGCCAAGGUCCCAUUGCUGCUAUAGUAUUACAAUAUCAAUUUUCUUGAUCAGCUAAGAAAACAAAACAAAAAGAAUCAUUAAAUUUAAAUAUGAUCUGCCCGGUUGUAUAACUUGAUUUCAUUGGCAUCAGUGGUGGUACAUGGUAGUACAACAACAUGCAUUCUACUUGUGUGCUUGAAACUCACCUUUGAGGUUGCUCCUGAAUAUGUCUCUUGAUUCACAACAUCUUGUCUUCAAAUGCUCAGAAUGCAGCUGUCCUCCUAUUGCUGGUUUCUGAGAGGAGUAGGAGAGAUGUUUAUUACUCAAACAUGUUAUGAUGACACCUAAUGGAGAUAUAUGUGAAUCACAUAAAAAUGGGUAAGAGUU